GUUUGGUGGUUCCGGCAGAGCUCCAACGUGGGUGUCUGGCCAUUGGUUCGGAUAUUCGGGUUCCCGGUUAUGUGGCUCCUGUAGCUCCCCAAAUCUCCAAACAUGCAGGUCUCUAACGUGAAUGACGUGAAGAUAUAUAAUUUGAGCUGCGGCAAGUCCCUGCCUGAGUGGCUUUCUGAUCGUAAGAAAAGAGCUUUGCAGAAAAAAGAUGUGGAUGUCAGAAGGCGGAUCGAACUUAUUCAGGACUUUGAAAUGCCCACAGUCAGCACCAACAUCAAAGUGUCGAGAGAUGGACAGUACAUUAUGGCAACGGGAACCUACAAGCCCAGAGUCCGCUGUUACGACACAUACCAGCUGUCGCUGAAGUUUGAAAGAUGCCUGGAUGCCGAUGUGGUUAAGUUUGACGUUCUGUCGGAGGAUUACUCGAAGAUUGUUUUCCUUCAGUGUGACCGAUACGUGGAGCUUCACUCCCAGCACGGCCGCUACUACAGGCUGAGGAUACCGAAGUUUGGCAGGGACUUUUCCUACCACUAUCCCUCCUGCGACUUGUACUUUGUUGGAGCAAGUUCUGAAGUAUAUCGGCUGAAUUUGGAGCAAGGACGCUACCUGAACUCCCUGCAAACAGAUGCCUCACAGAUUAACGUUUGUGACAUUAAUCCUGCACAUCACUUAUUUGCUGCUGGCACGGCUGAGGGUAAAGUGGAGUGCUGGGACCCCAGGAACAGAAGCCGGGUGGGAAUUCUAGACUGUGCCUUGAGUAGUGUAACAGAAGACACUGAAAUUGAAAGUUUACCGUCGGUUUCAGCUCUGAAGUUCAGCGGACCGCUGCAUAUGGCUGUCGGCACAUCGACUGGACAGGUUCUUAUUUAUGAUCUUCGGUCCAACCGUCCGAUGAUUGUCAAGGAUCACCAGUACGGGCUGCCUAUUAAAUCCAUACAGUUUCAUAGCCCUCUGGAACUGGUCAUAUCGGCUGACUCGAGAAUUAUCAAGAUGUGGAACAAGAACAACGGGAAAAUAUUUACUUCCAUUGAGCCAGAGGCAGAUGUAAACGAUGUCUGCAUUUAUCCCAACUCGGGGAUGCUCUUCACUGCUAACGAGGCACCCAAAAUGAAUGUCUAUUAUAUUCCGGCCCUGGGUCCUGCACCCAAGUGGUGCUCAUUCCUGGAUAACUUGACCGAGGAGUUGGAAGAGAAUCCGGAAAGCACCGUUUACGACGACUACAAGUUUGUCACGAGAAAAGAACUUGAUGACCUUGGACUGUCCCAUCUGGUUGGUUCUCCAUUGCUCCGGGCGUACAUGCACGGCUUUUUCAUGGAUAUACGUCUGUACCAUAAGGUGAAAACGAUGGUUAAUCCGUUUGCUUAUGAGGAAUAUAAGAGAGAGAAGAUAAGGCAGAAGAUAGAAGAGACUCGAGCCCAGCGAGUUCAGAUAAAGAAACUGCCAAUGGUGAAUAAGGAGUUGGCCCUGAAACUGUAUGAGGAGGAAGAAGAAGAGCAAAUCAGACAGAAGAAGAAACAGAAAAAAAUGCCCAACAUCCUUACGGAUGACAGGUUCAAAGUCAUGUUUGAGAACCCCGAUUUCCAAGUGGACGACCAAAGCGAGGAGUACCGGCUGCUGAACCCCCUGGUGUCCAAGAUCAAUGAGAAGAGGAAGAAGAAGCUGAAGGCCAUGGAGACACUGCAGGCCAACCAAGAGGAGGAAGAGGAAGAACCGGAAGGAAAAGCGAGCGAUGCGGAGAGUUCCGAAUCUUCCGACGAUGAUAAAGGAUGGGUCGAGGAGGUCAGGAAACAGCGCAAACUCCUACGCCAAGAGGAAAAAGACAGGAGGCAGGAGAGGGUGAAGGAGGAUCGCCAAACAACCCUGAAGCCUCAGUUUUAUGAGAUAAAAGCCGGGGAGGAGUUCCGCAGCUUCCAGGAUGCGGCCAAGAAACAGAAAUUAAUGAAGAAAACACUUGAGGACCGUCUAAAGGUGGAGGAAAAACUGGGAACUCUGGAUGUUGCCGACACCGCGGUGGGCAGCAAGCAGUUGACUUUCACGCUGAAGAAGUCCGAACAACAGAAGAAGAGACAGGAAGCCGAAAAACAGCAUCAAGAAGAGAGGAAAAAGCUCCGCCGCUCUGCUGGUCAUCUCAGAAGCAAGCCAGCCAAAGGGCGGCCGUUUUAUUAGCAGGCUUGAUAUACCCAGAAAGGACUUGUGUUAAAGAGAAAAAAUAUAUUUUUUGGACAUUGUACAAAACAUCAAAUGGAAAUGUGUGUACUGUAACCCUAAACGAAGCACCGGGCACGUGGGUGGUUUAUUCUGGCCUCUUGCUUCAUUUUCAAGGCUUUUAAGAACUUGUCAGCCAUUUGUAACAUUGUGUAAGGACAAUGGCGUAUAAAUAAAUCCCCAGCAUAUUUUUA